CGUCAGAGCGUCAGCUGGCCGAAUGUUUACAUCCAGCAGCGGUGUGUUUGUGACUGGGUCCCCCUACAACAAACGGCUGAACAGAAGGAACAGGCCAAGCCAGAGGCGAGAAGUCGGCGUCCUGAGCAGUCAAGAUGGGUGGAGCUGUGAGUGCCGGUGAGGACAAUGACGACUUGAUCGACAACCUGAAAGAGGCUUACUACAUCCGCUCGGACCUGGUGGAGCGGGCCUUUCGAGCUAUCGACCGGGCUGACUAUUACCUGGAUGAAUAUCGGGAUAACGCUUACAAGGACUUGGCAUGGCGGCAUGGAAACAUCCAUCUGUCUGCUCCGUGUAUCUACUCUGAGGUGAUGGAGGCUUUGGAUCUCCACCCUGGCCUCUCCUUCCUCAACCUUGGCAGUGGGACCGGCUACCUCAGCACCAUGGUCGGCCUCAUAUUGGGACCGUUUGGAGUGAAUCAUGGAAUCGAGUUACAUGCCGAUGUGAUUGAGUAUGCCUACCAGAAGCUCGACUCCUUCAUCAAAGCCAGCGACAGCUUUGACAAAUUCGAGUUCUGUGAGCCGUCCUUCGUUGUGGGUAACUGCCUGGAGAUUCCUCCAGAGAGCCGUCAGUACGACAGGGUGUACUGCGGGGCCGGCGUGCAGAAGGAGCACGAGGACUACAUGAAGAACCUGCUCAAGGUGGGGGGCAUCCUCGUGAUGCCUCUGGAGGAAAAGCUGACCAAGAUCACCCGCACAGGACCGAACAGCUGGGAGACCAAAAAGAUCAUCUCCGUGUCCUUCGCUCCUCUGGUGCUGCCGAAACACAGCACGAACGGCAAACCCAAGAUUGUCCCACUACCCAAGUAUGAGGUACGGACGUUACAGGAGCUGGCUCGAAUCUGCAUCCGCCACACCCUCAGAGUGACCACAGAUGGAGGAGACAGCCAGUCGCGUGGCAGAGGCUCCUCGUUCAGCGUGGGCAGGGGUCUGGCGGUGGCCGGCCUCCAUAAGUACGGCCCUCGCUUCAAGCGCCGGCGCGUUCACCGGCGCCACUGCAACGCCCUCGUCCUGGCCACCCGUCAGGUGGUGGCCAGCAGCGGCAUCGGCCCCGCUCCUCUGGACAGCAACAACAACCAGGGAGGAAGAGCAGAGGACGAGGAGGAGGCAGGAGAGAGGGAGGUGAGACGGCAGAUGAGAGGGAGCAGGAGGGCGGGGAGAGGCGCAGGAGCGGUGGUGGAAGAGGAGGAGAUGGUGGAGGAAGAGGACGAAGAGGAGGAGCAGGAGGAGGAGGAGGAGAAGGAGACCGGGGAGCUGCUCCGACCCCAGCCGGCCGUGAACGUCCUCAGAGAGAGGAUACUGGGCCUGCCGCUGCCUGAGCCGCUGAAGAUGUACCUGCUGUACUACAGAAAGAAAUGAGCCCGCUGGAGCCGCAGCCUGGUCCUGAGUCAGAGCCCAGAGCCCAACCCCACCACCACCUGUGCAAGGCAGGACAACAUGCCACCUACCCUACUGACCCCCAGCUCCACAAUGAGUCUCUUUCUCUCUCUCACCUGUCCUCAUCCUCUCCAUCAUCCAUUCUCUUUGCCACUCCCUCUUUUUGCCCUGCCUCCCAUUCAUUUCCUGACACAAGCAGUCAGUUCAGUUUGU